GGCCGCAGAGCUGAGCCGGCUGAAUAAGAGACCCAGGGCUUGUUGACGUCAGCAAACUUAUCCGGCAGCUGUGUGGAGGAGCCGGCAGGAGGAGGAGAGGGAAUGAGACCGCUGGAUGUGGAGCAGCCAGGAUCUUUUUCUGCGGAUCACUUCGGACCUCUCUGUUUUUCCUAGUUGGACACUCUCCAAUGGCCUGAGAGACUGAAAGUGAUGAAAACAGAUGAUACCCUCUCACACUGGCUUCACAACUUAUCAUGUAACACGUCUUUGUCAAACUCAAAAUCAAGACUGAAGUUCGACAUCAACACAUCUCUGGGGCUGACAUGCUUACAAAGAGGGUGCAGCACUAAUGAGCACCGAUCAACAUUUAGAUGACUGAAGCACAUCCACAAGACCUGAACAUCCACAGUCCACCAUAGCAGUGGAAGAUUGGUAGAUAGUCUGGGGGGGACCUCAGCAACGUACAUUUUCCACUAUGAACCGCGCCUUCAACAGGAAAAAAGAUAAAUCAUGGAUGCACACCCCGGAGGCUCUGGCCAAGCAUUACAUACCCUACAACGCCAAGUUUCUGGGAAACACAGAGGUUGAAGCCCCGAAAGGCACUGAAGUUGUGAAGGAUGCCGUCAGGAAGCUGAAGUUUCAGAGACACAUCAAGAAGUCAGAGGGCCAGAAGACGCCCAAAGUGGAGCUCCAGAUCUCAAUUUAUGGAGUCAAGAUACUGGAUCCCAAGACGAAAGAUGUGCUGCAUAACUGCCAGCUACACAGGAUAUCCUUUUGUGCAGAUGACAAGACCGAUAAAAGAAUAUUCACUUUUAUCUGCAAAGACUCUGAGUCAAACAAACACCUGUGCUACGUGUUUGACAGUGAAAAAUGUGCAGAGGAGAUAACCCUAACCAUCGGUCAGGCCUUUGACCUGGCCUACAAGAAGUUCCUGGAGUCCGGUGGCAAAGACGUGGAGACCAGGAAACAGAUCGGAGGGCUGCAGAAGAGGAUUCAGGAACUGGAAACGGAAAACUCUGAGCUGAAGAAACAGCUGCAAGCGCUGGAGGAACAGCUGAUGAUAGCUCACGUGCCUCCACCGCUGCACAUAAACGCAGCUAAUGAAGCGUACAUGCUGCAGAGGCCCUCGUCUCUCUUCUGGUGUCACAGCAUCAAGUCGUUCUCCUGUCUGGAAAUCUCCUCCGUCACACUCACUCCCAUGAGCUCACCGGAGUCCAACUUGUCCUCUGGGCUACUAACUCCUCCGCCUGCCAAACCUGCUCUCCCUCCUGCUAAAGCUACCGAGGGAUACAGCAUCCCACGGCCUCGUGCGGGGAGCAUCUCCAUGAAACCACUGUCCACAGACGUUUUUGACAUGGUUCCUUUCUCCCCUGCCACGCCACUGGUGCCGAUGCCGGCCAGCAAUGGCUGCCCACCUCCUCCACCAACCACACUGCCGCCAGAUAUAAGGAAAGAUUUGUUUGGUGCCGAGCCAUUUGAUCCGUUCACCUGUGGGGCAGCAGAUUUCCCCCCGGACAUCCAGUCAAAGUUGGAUGAGAUGCAGGAGGGGUUCAAAAUGGGACUAACCUUGGAGGGCACCGUCUUCUCUCUGGACCCGCUGGACAGCCGCUGCUGAUGCCGACAAGACUUGUCUGUGAGACUUGAGGCUUUUAACCUGUUUGUAUGAAGAAGUGCCAAAAUUCGCUCCACGGUCGAGUCAAGAUGUCACACUUUUCGUCUCAAGGUUUAUAUGCAUUUGCAUAUAGAUUGGUUUUCAGUAUUUCAAGGUAAACUCAGAUCCAUUAUAGAAAAGAGCUAUUUUUGUAAAAAAAAGAACAGAGAGAUGCUUAUGGAAGGAGGAGUUUUGAGUACCUUUUAGCUGCACAGGUGAGAUGUAAAUAGUCGGAUACGUCCUAUGGUACAAUGUGUGGGAGAGUUUCCAUAUGUGUGUGUGCGUGUGUGCACCGGUUGGAUUCUGUAUUGUUGAAACAUUCCUGUUUGUAAGCCGAACACAAGAUGACAAGAAAAAUAAAUGGAAUCUGUAUCAUUAACACAAAAGUUCAGCUCUCCCUUAACAUCAGAUAUCUUUGUUUACUCUGUAGUGUUUCAUACUUUCUAUCAUUUAUUAAUCCACUUGGACGUUUGUUGGCUUACUGAUGCUUCCAGUUGUUCUUUGUUUUUUUUGUUUUAUAAAUUUUAAGCUGCCAGUUCAGUAUUUAACUUUUUUAAACUUUGUUAUGAUGGUCUUUCUUCCAUCUUGUUUUCCUCCUUCUGUCAGUGCAGAACUGUUACGAUCACUUUUCUUGUGUUUGCACUGACUUUACUGUUAGUGGUUAUUAAACAAAUUCCUACUGGAA